AUGGGAAAUGUUGGGAGACUCUCAAGGAAAUGCAUAUUUUUCCUUUGGAUUGCCAUCCUACUGGUUUUCGUUGAAAGCAAAAGAGGGAGACCACCCCGAUGCCCCUCAUCCUGCACCUGCACUAAAGAUAAUGCUCUGUGUGAAAAUAUCAGAUCUGUUCCUCACAGCUUCCCUCCUGAUGUCGUAUCGCUAUCAUUUGUAAAAUCCGGAUUCACCGAAAUUACUGGGGGAAGUUUUCUACAUACGCCAGCCCUGCAGCUCCUCUUGUUCACAGCUAAUUCAUUUGAUUCUAUAGACGAAGAUGCUUUCAUGGGACUACCCCAUCUGGAAUAUUUGUUUAUUGAGAAUAACAAAAUUGAAUCAAUAUCCCCUCAUGCAUUCCGUGGUUUGAAGUCUCUAAUCCACCUAAGCUUAGCCUAUAACAACUUGGAGACAUUACCAAAAAAUGUUUUUAAAGGCAUGGAUGCCUUAACAAAAGUAGAUCUUCGUGGAAACAUGUUUAACUGCGACUGCAAACUGAAGUGGUUGGUUGAUUGGAUGUAUAACACCAAUGCAACUGUAGAUGAGAUAUACUGCAGUGGGCCACCACUUCACCAGGGGAAGAAGAUAAAUGACCUAGUUCCACAGUCAUUUGACUGCAUUACAGCAGAAUUUGCCCUGCAUAGGACCCUGCAGUUUGAAUCCAUUUCUGUGGAGGCCUUCACAUUUCAGAAUGAUCAAUACAUUGUGUUCGCCCAGCCCUUUACGGGAAGAUGUAACUUCUUAGAAUGGGAUCACGUCAACACGAACUUCAGGACCUUUGACAGUAUUGAGAGCACUUCCACUGUUGUAUGUAAACCACUGGUCAUCGAUAAUCAGCUUUUUGUCAUUGUUGCCCAGCUGUUUGGGGGCUCACACAUUUACAAGCGGGACAUCUCCGCCCACAAGUUUAUUAAAAUCCAGGACAUUGAUAUCUUAAAAAUUAGAAAACCCAAUGACAUAGAAACUUUUCGUGUGGAUGGCGAAACAUUUUUUGUGAUAGCAGACAGUUCCAAAGCAGGCUCCACAACAGUGUACAAGUGGAACGGUAACGGUUUCUACUCACAUCAGUCACUCCAUCCCUGGUACCGUGACACAGACAUAGAAUACCUGGAUAUUGGCAAUAAGCCUCAUCUCAUCUUAUCCAGCAGUUCCCAGUGCCCUGUUAUAUACCAGUGGAGUAAGAGCCAAAAGCAGUUUGACAGACGCACUGAUAUACCAGAGAUGGAGGAUGUUUAUGCGGUCAAGCACUUCAAGGUGAAGGGCGAGCUGUAUAUCUGCUUGACACGCUUCAUUGGAGACUCCAAGGUGAUGAAGUGGGAUGGCUCCAUGUUCACAGAGACACAAACAAUGCCCUCCCGGGGUUCCAUGGUGUUUCAGCCAGUGUCCUUUGGCAACUGGCAAUAUGCCAUUCUAGGCAGUGACUUCUCACUUACACAGGUCUAUCAAUGGGACGUGAAAAAAGGUCAGUUUGUUCAUUUCCAGGAGCUCAAUAUCCAGGCACCAAGGGCAUUUUCAUUGGUGUCAAUUGACAACAAAGAAUUCUUACUCGCUUCGAGUUUUAAAGGAAAAACCCAGAUAUAUGAACAUCUAAUGAUUGACUUGAGUAAUUAA